UGCAAGGAGAAAAACAGAGCAAGAAAUAAAUAGAAACAACUGUAGCAGGUGAUUGUACGAUGGAGUUUUUAUUCUUUAUCUAAGCAAAGCUAGCAAAACCCUGGAAGAAGAUAAAUGCUAGUGCCCCACUUUGUUUUCCCACACUCUCUCUCUCUUUCUUUCUUUUUUCUCUUUGUCUUUUGUUUCAGCAGGACUGAAAACCUAAUAGCUAAAGAAUUACCUACUCAUAAAAAGAGGAACAGCUUCUUACACUAAAGAACAAGGAUGGGAGAAGAGAAACGAAGAAAAAAGGGUUUCUGAAAACACCAUAGAUUUUGUAGUUUUCCAAAAAAGAAAAGAGAUAAAUAUAGAUUAUAAUAUUAUUUUUUUUUCUGUUUUUGGUAUAAUUAAUAGUAUUAAAAAAAGGUAGUAAUGGGGAGAGGAAGAGUGGAGUUGAAGAGGAUCGAGAACAAGAUAAACCGACAGGUGACAUUUGCAAAGAGAAGGAAUGGUUUGCUAAAGAAGGCUUAUGAGCUCUCAAUUCUUUGUGAUGCUGAGGUUGCGCUCAUCAUUUUCUCUAACCGUGGCAAGCUCUAUGAGUUUUGCAGCACUUCUAGCAGCAUGGCUAAGACACUUGAGAGGUACCAUAGGUGCACCUAUGGAACAUUGGAACCUGGUCAAACAGAAAGUGACACACAGAGCAGCUAUCAGGAAUAUUUGAAGCUCAAAGCAAAAGUUGAGGUCCUUCAACGUUCACAGAGACAUUUUCUUGGGGAAGAUUUAGGAGACUUGGGCAGUACGGAACUGGAGCAGCUAGAGCAUCAGCUGGACUUCUCAUUGAAGCAACUCAGGUCAACCAAGAUGCAUUCUAUGCUUGAUCAACUCGCUGAACUUCAAAGAAAGGAAGAAAUCCUACUGGAAACCAACAGAAACCUGAGAAGGAAGUUGGAGGAAAGCACUUCAACGCUACGAUCAUCAUGGGAAACUGGGGAGCAAAGCAAUCCAUACAACCACCACCCGCCUCCUCAGCCAGAGGGAUUUUUUGAGCCUUUACAGUGCAGCAGUUCCAUGCAGAUAGGUUACAAUCCUACUGCAGCAGAUCAGGAUGCCGCUGCAGCCUCUGCACCAAAUGGAUUCAUCCCUGGUUGGAUGCUUUGAUUGUUUUUAACUUAAAAGAAUUCAUAUAUUUUCUCAUAUAACUGAGUAAGAACAGACAAUAAGCCAAUUCCAACAUAUAUUUUGCUGUAUUAAUCAAUGAUGGCUGGCAUUGUGGGGGGCGAAGCUCCAAUGUAAUAAUAUUUAACUUGGAGAACAUACUGAUUAUUAAGAAUUAAUAUUCCUAAGUUUACUCAUAAUA